GGCGUGAGCCACCGCGCCCGGCUGUACUGUUUUCUUUCUGUUCAAAGAAAACACUAGUAUAGGCUAAGCUGGGAGAGUGAGUCCUAAGCGGCUGAGGGGCAAGUGUGACUCAUUUCCUAUUUGCAGAUCCCCACACAUUCUCAGGGACAUGCUCCUUCAACUCAGUUUGCCUCCCUUCUGGCUUUUCUGUGGUCCCUGAUACCUAUUUCCACUUCAGCUUGAUGGCAGCGUUUUGUGCACUGUCUGCAUGACAUUGCUUGUGAAGGGCAGCGCUAACACCGCCAGUGCCUGUCCAGCUCUCCUGAUACGGCCUUUGUAUUUUUCCUAGGUCCUUUUUUGCAUGAUUAACACCUCACGCUGUGAUUUUACGGUAUAAAGCAUGUUCACACAACCUCAUUUAAGCCUACCAACAAAGCUGUGAAGGAGGCAGGGUGGUUAUUAACCAUUUUAUAUCCCAGGAAGGAGAUCCAAAGAGGCAGAAUUUCAAUGGAAUCCCGAGGUUGCUGUUUACAUGCCUUCCUUGAGCCUCAGUUUCUCCAUCUUUAAGGCUAGAGAACUAGAUGAUCUGUAAGGUCUCUUCGGUUCAGAGUGUGUCAUUCCAUUCAUGAUCCUGGAAUAGGGCAUGAAAGCCAGUGGCAGACACCCGAGGCCUUAAGAGGUGUGUCCCAUGAGGAUGGGAAGGUGGUAAAGUUUAUGCAAACAAUAGUGUGAGGGAUGCCUCUCCUUCCGGUCAGCCCUCCUCCAGGAGGCGCAUGGGUGGUGGUAGCAAGUGGGAGUCUUGGGUGCCCUGUCUCGAAUCUACAAGGUGGGAGCGGGUAAGAACCCAGCUACUGCGCGGCUGAAUGACAGGGAGUAGCCCCGCCGCUUCCAACAUGGCAGCUUCUAUCCAGCGAAGCCGGGUCCCCGCUUCCGGGUUCCGUACUGUCGGCCAGGCUACUUCCGGCAGCGCGAUGGCUGGGUUCCCGGGACUUAAACGGAAGUUCCGGCGGGGGCGGCCGAGGGGGAAGAGUGUGUGUCUGCGGGAGAAAGAGGAGAAUCGCCCAAGCGGCCUCGGAAGUCCCAGGGAGUGGAGGUACCCAGCCGGCGGCUGCGGAGGAUGGGCGUGUAGGGGGAGGUCGGCCUGGGGAGGGUCCCGGAGAGCAGGGAGGGGGAACCGCGAUGGGGGGAAUGGGGGUGGGGAGUGAGGUGCGAAGGCGCUGUCCAGUCUUGGAGACUUCGGGAGUGGAGCGGGGCUAGGCAAGGGGUUGUCUGGGUAUAAUGAGACAGACUUUUAGGGGUCGGAAGUAGAAGAGCCCGUUGUGGGGCGGGGGCUUCCCCAGAGUCAAAGGUACAAAGCUCCAUUGUGGGCAGGUGGGAGUCCUGGGUCAGGGUGGAAAAUGCCACUGGGUAGGGUGACCCUUGGUCAGAACAGAAGUUCCCAUUGUGGGGAGUGGGAGAUCCUGGGUCAGGAUGGAAGUUCUCAAGGUGUAGAGAGAGAGACAGGUCAGGGGGAAGGCACCCCUCCGAGGAGGGAGCCUGGGCGGGAGGUGCAAGUCCCCACGGUGAAGAAGGAAGGGAAUCGCAGCUCAGGGCAGGAGGUGCAUUCCCCAUGGGAAGAGGAACCCCGGGUCACAGGUGAACGAUCCCAUUGUGGGGAGCUGCCCUCAGGGGUCAGAGAUGGAAGGUGAGGCCAGUUGGGAGGGGUGGGCAGGCACUUGGAGGCAGGUAGUGGAAGCUUCCGGCGAGUUUGGAGAACGCCGAGGAUGGGGAGGGGCCAGCCAGCCUGACAUUCUUUUGUGUUUGGGAGUCCCAGAGCGUGGUCAAGCCGGGGCUCGUUUGCAGUCAGUGGCAGCAGCAGCAGCAGGCCCCCGCCGUGGAGCCGUGUGGUGUAUGUGUGGUAACACCAUGUCUGUGCCCCUGCUCACCGAUGCUGCCACCGUGUCUGGAGCUGAGCGGGAAACGGCUGCGGUUAUUUUUUUACAUGGACUUGGAGACACAGGGCACAGCUGGGCUGACGCCCUCUCCACCAUCCGGCUCCCUCACGUCAAGUACAUCUGUCCCCAUGCGCCUAGGAUCCCUGUGACCCUCAACAUGAAGAUGGUGAUGCCCUCCUGGUUUGACCUGAUGGGGCUGAGUCCAGAUGCCCCAGAGGACGAGGCUGGCAUCAAGAAGGCAGCAGAGAACAUCAAGGCCUUGAUUGAGCAUGAAAUGAAGAACGGGAUCCCUGCCAAUCGAAUCGUCCUGGGAGGCUUUUCACAGGGCGGGGCCCUGUCCCUCUACACGGCCCUCACCUGCCCCCACCCUCUGGCUGGCAUCGUGGCGUUGAGCUGCUGGCUGCCUCUGCACCGGGCCUUCCCCCAGGCAGCUAAUGGCAGUGCCAAGGACCUGGCCAUCCUCCAGUGCCAUGGGGAGCUGGACCCCAUGGUACCCGUACGGUUUGGGGCCCUGACGGCUGAAAAGCUCCGGUCUGUUGUCACACCUGCCAGGGUCCAGUUCAAGACAUACCCGGGUGUCAUGCACAGCUCCUGUCCUCAGGAGAUGGCAGCUGUGAAGGAAUUUCUUGAGAAGCUGCUGCCUCCUGUCUAACUAGUCGCUGGCCCCAGUGCAGUACCCCAGCUCAUGGGGGACUCAGCAAGCAAGCGUGGCACCAUCUUGGAUCUGAGCCGGUCGAGCCCCUGUCCCCACCCUUCCUGACCUGUCCUUUUCCCACAGGCCUCUGGGGGCAGGUGGCAAGGCCUGGCCGGGCCUUCCUUCCUGGCCUCAGCCACCUGGCUCUGUCUGCAGCAGGGGCAGGCUGCUUUCUUAUCCCAUUUCCCUGGAGGCGGGCCCCCCUGGCAGCAGUAUUGGAGGGGCUACAGGCAGCUGGAGAAAGGGGCCCAGCCGCUGACCCACUCACUCAGGACCUCACUCACUAGCCCCGCUUUGGGCCCCCUCCUGUGACCUCAGGGUUUGGCCCAUGGGGCCCUCCCAGGCCCCUGCCCCAACUGAUUCUGCCCAGAUAAUCGUGUGUCUCCUGCCUCCACUCAGCUGCUUCUCAGUCAUGAAUGUGGCCAUGGCCCCGGGGUCCCCUUGCUGCUGUGGGCUCCCUGUCCCUGGGCAGGAGUGCUGGUGAGGAGGUGGAGCCUUUUGAGGGGGGCCUUCCCUCAGCUGUUUCCCCACACUGGGGGGCUGGGCCCUGCCUCCCCAUUACCCUCCUUCCCUGCAGGCCUGGAGCCUGUAGGGCUGGACUGAGGUUCAGGUCUCCCCCAGCUGUCUCCCCACCUUGUCCCCACUCUAGAGCAGGGAGGCAGCGGGGGAGGAGUUGUGUCUCGUCUUUUGUCUCCAUGUGGUUUUUGGGUGUUUUUCUUGUUGUGUCCUGGAUUCCGAUAAAAUUAAAGAAAUUGCUUCCUCAA